CGCAGCAGUCUGGUGCUUUGAUCCUGGCGGUCGGGAUGUUUUCCUCUGAGGCCAGACCCCAGACGUGGGCUGGGACUAGGGGAGCCAGCCCCUCCGAACACAAGAAGUGGGUGGAAGUGUUCAAAGCCUGCGAUGAAGGCAACAAAGGCUAUCUGAGCAGAGAGGACUUUAAAGUCGCUAUUGUGAUGCUGUUUGGGUACAAGCCCUCCAAGAUAGAGGCCAAUUCUAUGAUGACAUCAAUAAAUCCAAAUACUUCAGGUAUAUUACUCGAGGAGUUCUUAAACAUUGUAAGGAAAAAGAAGGAAGCCCAACUAUUUUGGAAUGAGACAAGACACAUCUUCUCAGCGUUUGACAGGCACUAUCAAGGGUAUUUAACUUUGGAGGAUUUCCAAAAAGCGUUUCGGCUGGUGGCUCCCAGGUUACCAGAAAGAAGUGUUCUGGAUGUUUUCAGGGAAGUAGAUCAAGACUCAGAUGGUUUUGUUAGCUUCGGGGACUUCGAAAUUGCCAUCAACUACGGACAAAAGGAAGUCAAGAAGUCAAGCUACUGUGAACUCUUUGGGACCUCCUGGGAUGAUUAACAGAUGGGGACAUAUUUGCAAGUUCAUCAGACCCCAUUCAGGAUGGGAGGCUACUCCUUAGGAUUAAACUCUUCUGUCCGGCUUUUCUGGUGCUGAUAGUUGCUUGCAUCUCAGGAUUCCAUAGGUGGUCUUUACCACUGGUCUUCCCAGUCACUGGUAGCCGAGUCAGGCUGCUGCAGCUGGCACUGCCAGGGGGCAGCCUCACCCCCACACUGCAGGCUGGUGCUGCAUGCAUUUGCUAGUCCUACACCCGACCCUCGGGCUCCUGUUUCUCAUCAGUCCCUAAAGUCUGUACAGGGGUAACAUUUUCCUGCCCAUGGUACUAAUUUCCUUCAUGAAUUCAAGUUUUGAGCAAAUCACAGCACCUACAUGACUGUGUGCUUCCUGCGUGCCCAGCAAUGAGUAGGCGGUGGGGUAGCCGAACUGCAGACUUUCCUAAAUCAUGUAUCCAGAAUUGCAAUCAUCCUUGCAAAGACAUCCCAGGACCCUGCUGUGCAAGACAAAGAAAGCCAGCUGGGCCAUUCUUCUCUGGCCCUGGAGCACAGAACAGGUGCCAGGGACAAAGGCUUACUUCUGAAAUCCUUUUGGAUGGCUGGGCUGGCAUCCUGUGACCCAGCCACCAGGCCUGGUUGUCCAGCUGCCUCUGCUCCUCCCGCCUGCAGCUGGAUGGAUUCUCUCUGUGCCAAGAGCCUUAACCACCUUGUCUUCGCAUUCUCUAUGCUUUGCCCAUCUACCUUGGUAUCAGGGGACUGCUGUACUGGAUGGAAGAAAAACUGUCACACAGACUUUCGGUAUUUAUUUUAAACAGUAUCCAUAUGUUAUGUUCAGAACUCAUAAUAUUAGCAACAUUAGAGGAACAACUAAUAUAAUACCAUUUUUUAAAAGUAGUAAGCAUUUAAAGGUCAAGUUAAAAUGUAAAUGUGUAAAAGAGAAACAGUAAAUAAACAUCCUUGCAACACCAAUAAUUAGGAGAUAAACAAUAAAAACAUCUUAAACUCUUGUAAGAGGAGCCUAAAGAGGCAUAAAAAGUAACUGAGAUUUGGGAUUCUGGCUGGGAUCCUGGGACAGAAAAGGAACACUAAGUGAGCACUAUUGAAGUGUGGACUUCUGGGCCCUCCUGGUGAUGCAGUGACUUCAAGUGCAGCACUAUGAAGCUGUCUGCAGCCACUGC